UUUCUGUUUUUGUUUUGUUUUUGGAAUUUCUCUCUUGAAAGUCCGAGUGGAGUCAUGUUGUCUGCAAGGUCAUAUCACGGCUGUGAAGAUGGUAGGAUAAUGAGAAGUAAAGUCUAAAGUAGAUUACUCUAGUCAAAUAUUAUACUACAAUAAUAACUCCCGACAUUGUGGGGCAGUAACUAGACUGAUACUGUGCUGAAAGACGUCUUUGAUAACUUCAAGCGAGGCGGGUGAAGAAUAUUGGAAGAAGAUUGCCUUGGUGAAACAACAGAAAAAAGAUAUUUAAAGAAAGCCAGAGAAACGUACGUUGAUCAAUGCACAGUCUGUUGAACACAACUGAUUUAUGAUCAAAACAAACAGCAUCCAGUUGAAUUUUUGAACACCUGUUCCUGAAAAGAAUAGAAGACUCAAGACACGUCACCUAUAAAAUCAAAUUAUACAAGACGUUUAAACAUACACACUGCAUGGAAAUAACUCUAGCUGGAGAUAUUUGAGUGUAUAUCAUGGAAGAUCUGACUUUCAACCACGGCAAUAUUAAUGGCAGUAGCAACCAUACAAAUAAUUUUACCAACGUGACUGGAAAUACGGAAAAACUCCUUGAGCUUGAAGCGUUUAAAAUAAUAUUCGAAACGAUCGUGGCAUUGCUUGGCAUUAUUGGGAACAUUGCAGUGUGUGUUGUUAUUACACAGAACAGAAAGAAAAGGUCUUCCACGGAGUACUUACUAAGGAAUCUAGCCAUUGCAGAUCUUGGUGUGCUAAUGAUCAUAUUCCCGCUUGCAAUCAUCAAAGAGAAGAUGCCAUUUCACUGGCCAUUUGGAAAAUUCACCUGUUUAUACCUCUACCCUAUUACAGAGACGUUUUACGGCGUGUCCGUUUGGACGAUCGUUAGUAUUGCAGUAGAACGCUACCGCCAUUUGUUUAACCCUAUCAAAAGAGGAAGGCAGCGAGCAUUAAAGAAUGCCAAACGACUCGCAGCUGGUAUUUGGAUCGGGAGCUUCUUGGUCUUCAGCGCGCCAACUUUUGCCUGGAUUGAAUUCAUGGAGCUAGGUGAAGAGAGGUUUUGUCAUUUGUAUUUUAAAGAUCCAAAGGUCCAGCAAGUUUAUAUUCUGAUGCUUUUUUUCUUAUGGUACGCGAUACCUGUUAGCUUCAUCGUCUGGACUUACAUCGCAAUAUCUGUGCAACUUCACCGGAGUAACAUCUUCCUGAAAACCAUGAAUAGAGUGGACAACUUGUCUCGGGAAAUCUCAAAACGAAGAAACACUCCCUUCUCGGGAACUCAAAAACGCAGACUUCAACAAAAUAAGAAGGUUAAAAAGAUCCUCACGCCUGUGGUACUUGCUUUCAGCAUCACCAUGAUGCCUGUCAAUAUCUUUCGGGUUGUUAUACUUUACUGGCAUGAGGUUCUUUUCUUGCCUUCUUAUCCUCUUUUAAUAUAUGUUGUCGCUCUUUGCGUGGUCGUCAACAGCUCUAUAAACCCGCUAAUUUAUUGCUUUGUCAGCCGAGGAAUCCGAGCUGGGAUGAUAGCACUUUUCAAGGGAAAAGCUGUGAAAGGGAUUUCUUUCAUGGGCGAUGGUGUCCGUAGUUUAAAGGAAAGAAUAAGUUUGAAGAUGAGAAGAUCCAAGCUGUCUUCGGUUGAAGAGGAAGGGAAUUUAGAACUGAAGCAAAGGGGAUCUCAAGCCUCGAAAAAAAGUGAAUCAGGGUCUCCACAAACACUUCCAGAUCGAAUCGAAGAAUUGCAUUAUAAUUGAGAACUAUACUAAGACAUUAAUAAAGCUAUUUGCGAGAUAACUACAYGCUAAAACAAAAGACUUCAAUCGCGAAAACUUGAGAAUAUUUUGCUAAAAUGACUUAAUCUAUUCAUAGUAUCAUGCAGAUGACCACUCUAGAUCGUUGGGGUCGGGGGCUUGGGGUCGUUGUAAAUAUAUAAUAAGAUAUAUCCCUUUUCGCAAUUUCUUUUUUUCAUUUUCUGUACAUUCUAGCUCUUUGCUAUUUGUUCUUCUCAGUUCUGUAAUCGUUUUAGCUUUAUGUCGCAUAGCCUACAACGUGUACUAUAGUUGAAAAAGUCAAAUCAGUUUUACACUGAAAAAAUAAUCGACUUGAAAAAAACAAAUAAAAGCGCACCUUUU